AUGAUAGCUUUCAUAAGCAUCGCCUUAUUUGUUGCCCUGUUCCUGCUCAACUCAGAUCGCAUUCAGAAAGCCAUUGAGAUAUGCAGCGAAUGUUUGAUUUUGCUAAAUAGCACCGAUCAAAACAGCAAAGACCAAUUUGAUUUAAUACCGCUACAAUUUUACAGCGACAUCUAUACACUUCUUUUCAGCGCUUAUCGUUAUAUCUCUGACUACGUAAGUGCGGAAAGAUACGGCAGGAAACUGUUUGUCUUAUACAGCAAGUCUGGGAUAAUGCUUUAUAAACUUGGCGAAAACCUAAAAGCGAAGGAGUAUGUUGAGAGGGCCCUUGCCAUAACAACCAAAAUUGGCGACAGAAAAGGGGAAGCAUUAUGUCAUGGAAUCCUUAGUACUUUGUUUCUGUCGCUCGGCCAAUUCGACAAGGCUAAAGAGUAUCUUCAAAAAGCGCUCGCCAUCAGAAUUGAAAUAGGCGACAGAGAAGGAGAGGCAGCUGAAAAGGCAAACCUAGGUACUUUGCUUCUGUCGCUUGGCCAAUACGACAAGGCUAAAGAGCAUCUCCAAAAAGCGCUCCUCAUCAGAACUGAAAUUGGCGACAGAAAAGGAGAGGCAGCUGACUACGAAAAUCUAGGUGCCUCGUUUCUGUGGCUCGGCCAAUACGACAAGGCUAAAGAGUAUCUCCAAAAAGCACUUGUCAUCAAAACUGAAAUUGGCGACAGAAAAGGGGAAGCAUCAUGUUAUGGAUACCUAAGCGCUGUGUUUGAGUCGAUCGGCCAAUGCGACAAGGCUAAAGAGUAUAUUCAAAAAGCGCUUCUCAUCAGAACUGAAAAUAGCGAUAGAGAAGGAGAGGCAGCUGACAACACAGGCCUAGGUAUUGUGUUUAAGUCGCUCGGCCGAUACGACAAGGCUAAAGAAUAUAUCCAAAAAGCGCUUGUCAUCAGAACUGAAAUUGGCGACAGAAAAGGGGAAGCAUCAUGUUAUGGAAACCUAGGUACAGUGUUUGAGUCGCUCGGCCAAUACGACAAGGCUAAAGAGUAUCUUCAAAAAGCGCUUGUCAUGAAAACUGAAAUUGGUGAUAGAAAAGGGGAAGCAUCAUGUUAUGGAAACCUAGGUGCUAUGUUUAAUCACUCGGCCAAUUCGACAUGGCUAAAGAGCAUCUCCAAAAAGCGCUUGUCAUAAAAACUGAAAUUGGUGACAGAAAAGGGGAAGCAUCAUGUUAUGGAAGCCUAGGUUCUUUGCUUCGGUCGCUCGGCCAAUACAACAAGGCUGAAGAAUAUCUCCGAAAAGUGCUUGUCAUCAGAACUGAAAUUGGCGACAGAGAAGGAGAGGCAAGUGACAACGUAAACCUAGGUACUUUGUUUCAGUUGUUCGGCCCAUACGACAAGGCUAAUGAGCAUUUCCAAAAAGCGCUUGUCAUAACAACUGAAGUUGGUGACAAAGAAGUAGAGGCAAGUAGCAACGCAAACCUAGGUACUUUGCUUCGGUCGCUCGGCCAAUAUAACAAGGCUGAAGAGCAUCUCCAAAAAGGGGUUGUCAUAACAACUGAAAUUGGUGACAGAAUAGGAGAAGCAUCAUGUUAUGCAAAUCCUAGGUACUUUGUUUCUGUCGGCCAAUACGACUAGGCUAAAGAGUAUCUCCAAAAAGGGCUGGUCAUCAGUACUAAAAUUGGCUAUGAGGAAGGAGAAGCAGCAAAUCUUUCAAACCUUGGAACUGCGUUUAGUAUUGUUGGAGAUUAUGACGCUUCGGAAGUACACUUGGAGAAAGCUUUAUCCAUAUCCAGAGAUAUUGGAGAUAGAAGAAAAGAGUUCCAAAUCCUUCGAAGUUACACCACUUUGUACUUAUCUCAAAAUAAGAUCAAAGACUCCAUUUCGUGUCUUCAUCUGUGCAUUGAAAAGUAUGAGGAGCUGAGAUAUUUCUUGAGCACCAAUGAUCAGUUCAAAACAUCAUUUCUUGAGGAAUUAGGAAUAUUUCCCUACAAGCUGCUUUGUCGUUUGCUUUGUGACAACGGAAAUGCUCGUGAUGCUCUUUACGUUGAGGAGUUGGGUCGAGCUAGAGGCCUACCAGACUUAAUGACAGAGAAGUACUCGAUUGAAACGCACAUCUCUGUUAAUCCACAAUCUUGGUUUGGCAUUGAGAACAUUUUUAGAGAGAAAAAUGACUGUACUUGUCUGUACAUUUCUUAUUUUCAGAAUCAUCUGCAUUUGUGGAUCUUAAAAACAAGUGGAGUCCUUCACUACAGAAGAAUAACACCAGAAGAGAAUCUAGUUCAGGCUGGGUUGCCCAAAGAUUGCCUUUGA